GGUACUCUUAAAACUUCAAACCCUAUAAAUACCGAGGAAUCUAUACUCGCCCUCUGUGCCGCAUAUUCCGGGGUUUCGCGUUGGAGUGACAGGUUUCGCAGGUAUGGACAGCAUGCACAACUUUUGGCAGUUGGGUGACGAGCUUCGAGGACGAUCAAGAGUUUCAGAGGAUAACAAAUGGUCAGUGGUUGCUUCUAAACUAGCUGAACAGACCAGAUCUAAGGGUGAGCGAAGGAAUAAUCUCGAUCUCUCAAAGGACUCAGAUGAGAUAAGGCCGAAGGAUAAUAUUGUCUUUCAGGAAGACAACAAGUUUGAAAUCCUUAACUUCAACAUGUUGAAUUGGAACUCGAAAAUCCCCAACAAAAGUUCCUUUGGGGAUGGUAUGUACCAUAUGAAUGCUAUGUAUCAGAAGAGCAAUGGCAACAAUGCGUCAAACAUAGCUGGUAUGAAGUAUAGCGUCAACAACCUGAACAAAGAGGCCAACAACAAUGGCAGCAGUUACAAUAUUGAUAAUCACAGUGUGAGUGUGAAUGACAAAAGGUUCAAGACCUUGCCUGCAGCUGAGACACUCCCAAGGAAUGAAGUGCUUGGUGGCUACAUUUUUGUUUGUAACAAUGACACAAUGAUGGAGGAUUUAAAGCGACAACUUUUUGGUUUGCCCCCUAGAUAUAGAGACUCUGUUCGGGCAAUUACACCAGGCUUACCUUUGUUUCUCUACAACUACACUACUCAUCAGUUGUAUGGUAUUUUUGAGGCUGCAAGUUUUGGGGGUUCUAACAUCGAUCCUUCUGCUUGGGAAGACAAAAAAUGUAGAGGGGAAUCAAGGUUCCCUGCCCAGGUGAGAAUCCGUAUCAGAAAACUCUGUAAAGCCUUGGAGGAAGAUGCAUUUAGGCCAGUCUUGCAUCAUUAUGAUGGUCCCAAGUUUCGACUUGAACUCUCAGUUCCAGAGACCCUCAACUUGUUAGAUCUCUGUGAACAGGCAGGCAUUUAAAGUUCGGUUGCCAACACUAUCCCCUCUCAUGCGCAAGCCCUUUCUUAGUACAUGUGAUUGUUGUAGGUUUUGUUUAUGGUGCAUAUCAGCUGUUUGUUUCAUAGGUUUUCCGUAGAGUGCAAGCUCGAAUUGUAAAAUCUGGUGCAGGAAUCUUCUCAAAGACAGAGUAGAGAAGGCUUGUAGCCAGCUCAAAAAGUGUAUAGUGUGUCCUGUGAAGAUUGAGCAGAUUUGUAAUGUUCCAUUGAGAUGGCCGUGUAACAUUUUAGCCCGGAAGAUGACAACAUUAUUAUGCAACUACUUAGUGCAAUGGAAUUUGUUUCUUUUCUAGUA